CUCUCCUGUUCGCCGAUAGGGGGCGACGAAGAGCUCAGUACAUGACGUCCAUCUUCUCCACAGCGGAGCAUGUAGCAGCCACUUAGCACGCUAAUUAGCCGCCUUUUUCCAUUAAAGACGUUGACGCGCCCCUGUAGUAUCGCCGACAUCUAUGGCAUUUACGCCUUAAAUACUACCCCGUUCGAUGGCGUUUAAUGGCCACUGCCGCGACGACGACACCGCCGACGAUAACGGAACGCCCUCGAAGCAGCCGCGCUCCGCAGGAGACGAGCUCAGCUACUCCCGCGACGAUGAGGCGGCUGGACCCGCUUCCAGAGCGGCAGCUGACCGCCGGACCUCCAACGCGACAGCGAGGCAUCGGGCUGACUCGGUGAAGAAAGCAAGGCCGCCCUUCCCGUGGUUUGGAAUGGACAUCGGUGGCACCUUGGUGAAACUGGUAUAUUUUGAGCCCAAAGACAUCACUGCUGAGGAGGAGCAGGAGGAGGUGGAGAACCUGAAGAGCAUCAGGCGCUACUUGACCUCCAACAUUGCCUAUGGCACCACUGGCAUCAGGGACGUCCACUUGGAACUGCAAGACUUGACCCUGUGCGGCCGGACGGGCAACAUGCACUUCAUCCGCUUCCCCACCCACGACCUGCCAGUCUUCCUGCAGAUGGUCCGCAGCAAGCACUUCUCCAGUCUCCACACCACGUUGUGUGCCACGGGUGGAGGAGCGUACAAGUUUGAGCCUGAUUUUCGAUCUAUGGCAGACCUGGAGCUCCACAAGCUGGACGAGCUGGACUGCCUGAUCCGAGGAGUGCUGUAUAUUGACUCGGUGGUGUCCAGCGGUUUGUCCGAGUGCUACUACUUUGAGAACCCGUCCGAUCCAGACCACUGUAUCCAGAGGCCUUACACACUGGAGAACCCCUACCCCCUGCUGCUGGUCAACAUUGGAUCUGGGGUCAGCAUCUUGGCUGUUUAUUCCGAGAACAACUACAAACGAGUGACUGGGACCAGUCUCGGAGGAGGGACCUUCCUGGGCCUGUCUUGUCUCUUGACUGGUUGCUCCACUUUUGAGGAAGCGCUGGAGUUGGCCUCUAAGGGCGAGAGCACCCGUGUGGACAAGCUCGUGAAGGACAUCUACGGAGGAGACUACGAGCGCUUCGGCCUGCCGGGAUGGGCUGUUGCUUCUAGUUUUGGAAACAUGAUGUCCAAAGAGAAGCGGGAGUCUGUGUCCAAAGAGGAUCUUGCCAGAGCUACUCUGGUCACUAUCACUAACAACAUUGGCUCAAUCACCCGGAUGUGUGCGCUUAAUGAGAAAAUUGAGCGAGUGGUGUUUGUGGGAAACUUCCUCAGAGUGAACACUCUCGCCAUGAAGCUGCUCGCGUACGCCAUGGACUACUGGUCCAAAGGUCAACUCAAAGCCCUCUUUCUGAACCAUGAAGGUUACUUUGGCGCAGUUGGAGCCCUGCUGGAGCUGCUGCAUCCUUCCUAACCAGUCCAAAGAAACGCAGCGAAUCUUUUGCACUUUAGGCUGUUGCAAGUCCAUUCCAUGGCGGGUCGGUUCUGUGCACCCGCCACUGUUUAUGGUCCUGUUAUCCGGUAGAAUUUGUUAGUAUGUGAUGCGUUACACAAUUCAUGAGGUCACCGUAGUUGCCUGCGACAGACGGCACGUAGCCCUUAAAAACAACCAGUUUAUUUAUGGGCAUUGCUCGUGCUGAACAGAGUUAGUUAAGUGUGUAGAACUGUGCCUAAUACAACACAGUGGACCCAGGAGGAGGGAUGUGGGUCAAAGAUUUGCUGAGUACAGGCAGGAUUAUUGCAAACGACAAUGAAGUACAUUUCAUCAAGACAUAAUGAGAAAAUAUUUUGGAUUUUAGUCCUCCAUCUUUUUGGUCACAAAGGUAAUGCAGUGAGAGAUUUUGGCUCAAAGCAAGUGAUUUACAUCAUCAUGAUCUAUAUCAGCUGCUGUAAUCUGGUCACCUUCACACUUGACUCAAUGUUUGAAACUGUUACCAUCUAAUUUAAUCAUUCAGAACUUGAAAUAGGUGUAGUUUAGAGUUUAGUUUGAGAGCAAGAGUGUGUCGGUUCUCUGUUUUUUCCAUUCUUACGUGUUGUUUUUUUUUCUACCAUUACUUUGUAACUGUGAAGAUUCAUAACACAACUAUUCUUGAAAUCCAUCUUUUGUUCUUAUGCUAUGUCUAUUGCUUAACAGGCAAUUGGCUGUAAAAUUCACUCGUGACAUUUGUGUCUCUGCAACUGUGAUCUAUUUACAUCCGUCUCAAUGCCGCUAGAAACCAAAAAGCUUUCAGGACACCAUGUAAAACAUGGUCACACAAUGGAAACCAAACAGAGUGCCUCACUUGUGUAGAAGUAGAUUGGGUUCACUUUAAACUCGGGGACAAUCACAUGAUGGCUUUGUACUUUUUUUGUACUACUUCCAUUUCAUUUUUCAAGGACAACUUUGUUCAAUAAAGCUG